AUGUCCCUCAAAACAGAAUUGUCUCACCACGAAGGUGAAAUUACUCCUCUCGAGUCUCCCGACCGGUUUCUCACGGCCGAGGAAAAGUUCCCCCACAUCAACAGAAGCAAGCUGCUGCGGAAAUGCGACCUCCACAUCAUUCCCAUGCUGGCUGUGCUCUACCUCAUGUCGUUUCUUGACAGAGGAAACAUUGGAAACGCACGAAUCGAGGGAAUCAUCGAAGAUCUCAAUCUUACCGGCACCCAGUUCAACUGGUCAAUCACAGUCUUCUUCUUCACCUACUGUGUGUUUGAAGUACCCUCCAACAUGCUUCUCAAACACAUCAGACCAUCCAUCUACCUACCUUCUAUUAUGGUCCUGUGGGGUAUUGUCAUGACGCUCAUGGGUAUUGUCAACAACUACGCCGGUCUGAUUGCCUGCAGAGUGCUUCUGGGAGUAUUUGAAGCUGGUCUCUUUCCUGGAGUCACCUACUACCUCACCAUGUGGUACUGUCGAUCAGACAUGCAGUACCGACAGGCCAUGUUUUUUACCGCAGCUGGUCUGGCUGGAGCCUUCUCUGGACUGCUGGCGUUUGGAAUCGGCAAAAUGAGAGGAACUGCAGGUCUCAACGGUUGGCAGUGGAUCUUCAUCCUCGAAGGCAUUGCUACUGUUGUAGUGGCGGUCUUUGCUUACUGGGCUCUGUACGACUUUCCAGAGAACGCAAAGUUUCUGACCCAAGAUGAACGAGAGUUCCUCCAGUACUCGCUGGAAUACGAUGGCUAUGAUCGAGAUUUGGCUGCCAAGGGAGCCUCAAGCAAUCAACCGGUCGGAAGAGACAAUUCAAAUGAUAAAGAAUUUGUCUGGCAGGCUUUUAAAGACGUCCAGUCCUGGCUUGGAGCUCUGGCUAUGAUUCUCAUUGUUGUUCCUCUCUACUCUCUCUACUUCUUCACCCCCAUUAUUGUCAACAGCAUGGGACACAGCGUGGCAAAGUCGCAGCUACUGUCUGCACCCCCAGCAUUAGUUGGAGCUAUCGCUAACGUGUUCCAGGCUUAUUUCAGUGACAAGACUGGCAAACGAUUCCCCUUUCUAAUGGCCAACUUCUCCCUAGGACUUGUUGGAUACUCUCUCUGUAUCGCCUACGGAGUGAAACGAAUCUGGAUCACUUACGCUGGCUGUUGUAUCGUCAAUCUGGGUAUGCAGCCGUGCUUCAUUUGUUUCAUCUCUUGGAUCUCUGUGAAUGUCAGUGGCCCAUACAAACGAGCAAUUGCCAUGGCUAUUGUCAUUGGACUGGGUAAUAUGGGCGGGGCCAUUGCUUCAAAUGUCUACAGAGCACCGGACGCUCCUGCCUUCAAGCAGGGUCACACCAUCGCCAUGUCUAUGGUGGCUGCCGGCAUGGCUAUAGUCAUUGGCAUGUAUCUGGGCUACGGAUUUGUCAACAGAAGAAAGACCAAGAAUAUGCUUAGUGGCAAGUACGACCAUCUAACCGGUGCAGAGCUGGCUCGUAUGGGAGAUCGGUCGCCUUUUUUUAUUUACAGAACAUGA